AUGCGAAACAACACAAAGGAAGCCGAUGGGAAAGGUUUCCCUCUUCGAAUCACAGCAGUCGAGGUUAGGGUCGUUGACAACCCUGACGCAACCAACGUUGGUCAAAGGGAGAUUGAUUUUGUCAAGAACAUGUUGCCAGUAUUAGAUUGGCCUGCAUUGGUACAAGCCGCUUCUCAAUUGGGUAUUCCAACCUUACCACCCCAACUGACGGAACAACUGGCACAAGAUCCUGCAUUCUUGCAAGCUCUAUACCACAUCUUGAUGAAUGUUCAUCUGGUGAAAGGAAUGUUGACUUGCCCUGCCUCCGGAAGAGAAUUCCCCGUCACUGACGGAAUAGUUAAUAUGAUGUUGGAAGAAGAGGAAUGUGAACGUGUUCGAGUUUGA